GCUGAAGGGGUCUCCAUGGUAACGGCCCGAACGCAACCGCUAGAAUCUUCCCGGCCACGUGGGGGCGCUGUCUCGAGCUCGACCCCAUCCUGUCCAGCAGCUCCGCUGCCUACGUCACCACAUUUCACCGAAUGCGAUGGAACGUCGCGGAGAACCGUGAAGGUGGCUUCCAGAAACAGGUGCAAAAUGAGGGCAGCGUCUCCUGUGCUCGCAUCGUGCGUGGUUCUGUGUCUCCUCCUGGGCUUCGGCCAGGCAGCCAGACAAGGACAGGACAUCAAAUGUGGAGCCUGCAGGGCUCUGGUAGACGAGAUGGAGUGGGCCAUCUCCCAGAUAGAUCCAAAGAAAAUGAUCCAGACUGGAUCCUUCAGGAUCAACCCGGACGGUAGCCAGUCCAUCAGAGAGGUUCCUCUGGCUCGCUCAGAGGGCAACCUCCUGGAGCUGAUGGAGAGCGUGUGUGAGAGGAUGGAGGACUAUGGCGAGCACACAGAUUCUUCGACAAAUAGGAAGUCCUACGUUCGGGUCAAAUCUCGGAGCGGGGAGGCCAUGGACCUCUCAGAGGCCACGCUGGAUUCAAGAGUUACAUCCAGCUUAAAAUUUGCAUGUGAAACAAUUGUUGAGCAGCAUGAAGAUGAAAUCAUUGAAUUUUUCGCUCAUGAGACCGAUAAUGUUAAAGACAAACUCUGCAGCAAGAGGACAGACCUCUGUGACCACGCUCUGAAAAUGCCCCAUGACGAACUUUGAUAUCACCUCGCCAUGGCUGCCGUCUCUCCUCAGCUGAAAUGGAGACACUGGGUGCUGUUUUCAGGUGUCACUUAUCACCGGCUUACGCCAUGGCAGUUGUACAAGUUGUAUACAAAUCAUUGAAAUCUGUAAAACAAUAGAAAAUCCACCUUAAAAACAAAAAGGGUUUUUCCUGUGACCAUGGAGAAUUUAAGGACCAGUUUGCCAUUUUUUGGCCACGUCGCUUUGCACUAUCUUGUCACUUGUUUAUAUAGUGUAAGUUAUUACACUUUUCAGGUUUCUGUUUCUCAUAUGAAGGCUCUUGUCUUGUCUUCAACAGGUAAAUCUGAAACUGUGAAACAGCAAAGAUGAAGUUAGACUUCAAAGUGGAUGCAGGAUUUCUUACAGCAUUUGAUGUAUAUACAGUAAGAAUUCCAAUUUAAGACAAAUACAUAGAGAUUAGGUUGAAAUUUGGUCAAGUGGUCCUUAAGUCCAUAUUCAUGCACACUGAAACAGUGCCUGACAAAGCUACGCAGAGUUGCUUUGAUGUCACUAGUAACUGAAAAAAACAAGUGUCAUUUGAUGCCAAAUUACUUACACACGUUCAGUUCUAGCUUCAGUAGGGAGUUUUUAAUUCUCAACAAUAUUUAUUUAACAGUCCAUGAUCACAAGAAUAACUGAUGACAGUUCUGUUUGUUUGUUUGAUUUUUUUUUUUUUUUUUGGGUUAAGAGGAAGUUAAAGACCACAAAUUACAAAGUACAUUAUGUAAGAUCAGGAAUGAAGAUGAUUUCAGAUUUGAGUGGAAUUAGUUCCAAUGUAGUGCAAAUGAGAAAAUGUUUGCAGAACAAAUGUUUCCUAGGUAGCAUCGCACUACUCAAAGGACCAAUCCUUUUUAUUCACUAGUAGAAGAACCUCAGUAUAGUCAUUGUUGUUGUGAAAUUAAUUACAGUUAACGAACUGAUCACACAUUUUCCACUAGAGAAUAUUGGCAACUGAAUAUUCAUUGAAAGUUGCAGCAAAGUCAAAAAAUAAAAUGAAUGAAUGAAAGAAAUUCUAAGUACUGAAAAACUUCACCCACCGCUUCCUGUAAAAUUAUGAAUUCAAAUUUGACUUUGUUGCCUCUAGUGUCCUAAACACUUUCAAACGAUCCCCGGGACUUUUAUUUUUGUCCAUUAAUUUACACACCAUCCGGAGAGUGUUACAUGAACUACUGGAAUCUGUUUUGGUUUCAAAGAAAAUUAAAUCCUGACAAAAAAGUAUUGAGGUGUAAAAGGUCUGAAAUGUUGCAAACAGUAUGGGUUAAUAUUAACAGUAAUUAUGUCCGGUAAAAAAAAAAAAUCUGCUUUCUCUCCAUGUUGCCCUUCAAAUCCAGAGAAGAAAACUAUCUUUAUACCAAACAAAAAAGCAUAAAAUAAGAAUAAGAUAGUUGGUCAGUCUUAGCUUCAGGAGCAGGCAAAUGACAAGUGUUAUUUUCAAUAAACACUACCAAAACCAGCUGCAAUCCCCUUUUAUUAUGAUAUUUAAAGAGUGUUCUAAAGUUUAGUUUUCUUUAUUCUAGUAAAACUGAACUCUAAUGUAUUUCUACUAGAGUGUACUGUCGUCCAUAAUUUGGUCUUUAAGGCCUGGAUAAAGAAUCACACUCAGCUGGAAAAUCUUCAUGUUGUAAGGCCAGGAGGUAUAUUUGGUAUCAUUUAUUUUACAGUGUGUGAAAAAAUUAACUUUCCGUCUCAUGUGAACCUUGUACGUUUUCUGCAUCUGUUGUGUCUUCAAUCAAUUGAAAUAUAUUUGUAAAACAUCAACAUGAGUUUACCAUCUAAUUUGUAAGUUACAAGUCAUACAACUUUAACAAUAAAUUACUUAAAUCAUAAUUUGGCAUCACUAAAAUAUUACAUAUAGUAUAUUCUGAUUUUUGUGCAUAAACCACAUACCAAGUUGACAGAUAUUUAUAACAGGCAAUGAGCUUACAUUUUUUGCUGUGAAAUUUUGAGACACAGUUUUGAUAAUCAUGUAUGUAUGCAUUUUUCCUUCCAUUCUGUUGGCAAAGUACUUUCAGGCUCAAAAAGCACCUGAACCCUGUUGAUUAGAUUUAGUUGCUCUAGUUGCCUUUACAUAGCAUCCAAAUUAUUAGAAAAACAAAAAUUAAAUAAGAGUCUGAUAAUAACCAUUUAACAUCAUUAAGAUCAGCCACUUACACAAUUUUUCACAUUUUUCCCCGAGAAUCUUUAGUGUAAAUGUAGUAUGUGGUAGAACAAAUUUCAUUAAGAGGACACACAUAAAGUAGCCAAUCCUUUUUUAUUACGUCAUAGUUGUAUUCAGAAAAUGGACUGAUGACAGAAAUUAAAUUACUGAAAUGUAGAGUGAUUAUAUUAUGAGAAAUUAAAUAUAAAACUAGGAAGUGAUUUCCAGUUUACAAAAGGUCUUGUUG